UGAAAUCUUAUUACUAAGUAAUGUUUGCCGGGUAUUGACGUGAUGUAUUGAAUUCUGAGGCUAGUAUUUCCAGCUGACUUUGUUUACUCUCUGAACAAGACUGGUGUUCUUAUUCGGUGGACAUUUUUCUGAAAAUGGCGGGAAUCAAAGCACCAAGAACAACAUCCAUAGAUCGCCCUUGGAAGAGCCCACUAGAGAACAGUGAAAGCCGAGAGGAAGUGGCUACAAAAGAAGAGUCGUCUGCCUGGCAGGACCUGUGCAAGGGAGGGACCAUUCCCACCGCCGCCUCCCUCCGAGUUCCUCCCGCCCGAAUAGGACUGUCUGCUAAACAGGGUCUAUUACAAGGACUUAACAGCCAGGAGGUGUCCCAGAGGUACAUUAUGAAACUGCAGAAGGAAAGGGAACGGACAAAUAAAGCCGUCAGCCGAAGUCUUGACAAUCUUCCUAUCAAAAUAAAGAAAAUGGUUAAAGAGCACACAGACUCAGAUUUGAAUGCAAUCAUGAAUGUCUACAAGAAUGGAUCAUAUACCUUGAGGAGCAGAACCUACCAGUUAGGGAUGGGUACCAAAUACGAUGAAUGCAAUGCAACUAACCAUUUAUUCCAAGCAAUGCCCAUUAAUUCUCUAUGUAAACACACAAAACGUAACUGCUCAAAGUGCAAUAAGCAGUACAGAGGACGAAGAACAGUGAGAAAUGAUGAAAGAGACCUCAGCGAAAUCAAGACGAUUACUACGGAUACUGAUACACGAACGUCUGGUUACGAUUCUGAAUUUGAUCUUGUUUACAGUCAGCUUGGGGACCAAAGCACGCGCAGUGAAGUAUCACUGAUAAAUGGUUUCCCUGUUAGAAUGCAACAGAAUCUUGAGGAAGAAACAUUAAAAGAUUUGAACGACUUUCAAAGACGAUAUCAAAAGAUGUUUGAUGCCAACCGAAAUGUACAUUUUGUCCAUUCCUCUCUUGUAAAUAACAAACGUGUGAAGCGCCUGCAGAAAUAUAAUAGCCGUCCUAAAUUGAAAGGAUCCCACGUGCCCACCGAUGAGUACUCUAUAGAAAUGAUGAACAUCCGGUCAAUGCAGAAUCAUGCUCUUCAGAAGUACACAAGGAAAUCUUCCCUACAUCCUGUUGCUCCUCCACAAAGUCGGAUAUCUGAAUUGACAGAUUACCAAACCCCUCACUAUCAUCUUUCAGAUUACACUUAUUCUGAUGCUGACGACGAAGAUGAGGGUUCAGGUAUAACUGAGAAAGGGAUGUCCAAUCCAAGUGUUCCUCGGCUUCAUUUAGGAGAUAACGAUAAUGAUUUUGAGUCUGACGAUGAUGAAAGUAGUCAUCUGACAAUGUCAAACUCUCGUCCUAAUAGUACAAAAUCAAGUAAUCAAAAAUUUAAUACUGUUACAGACGAUUUGAAACACAUGGAGGAAAAUGAUAACGUUUUACCAUUAUCUAUUUCCGCCUUACAAAGACACAAUGCGGGCGCACAGCCCAUAUUUAAACAGAAUAACAGAAACUUCCCACAAGUCUGUAAUCUAACAGAUAUAACGGAGAGAGAGGAAAGUAAUCUUACUCGGUCUACAAAAACUAAAGCAGCAAGUGAAACACCGGCGGAUGUUCGAAUGUCAAUUCGAAUAGCUUACAAAACAGGGGGUGAUGACGUCAUCAGGGAGCUAAGCAACAUAUCAUCAGAGGAAAUAAUGGUUCCUCGGUGGUCCAGACAAGACAUAAACUGUGAUGUUAUUGAAGAAAAUUCUAUUCCUGGAAGCAGAGAAUCUGGAUUAAGCAGGAGUUCUUCGGCGCGUAGGAAUGUCCAGCACGGGACUUCUAAGGGGUUACAUACAGGAUACAGUAAUCUCUACCAAGAGUCAAUGCGAGAUAUCGCCGAUACGAUCAAUGCUGCCCAGCAAGCAAUGGACUUUAUAGAUCAAACCUUGGCCUCCAAUGAUACCAACGGCUCUAAUGUUGCCCCUGUCACCCCAGGUAGCGGGGAUCAAAUCAAGAUUAAAGGAAAAGUACACUCAGACAAUAGGGGUGAAAUGGAGGAUGAUGAAUAUUUUGACGCGGAUCAGGGGGUGCCUCCAAUUGAUGAAUAUUUGAAGAGUUUAAAAAUUGACAGCCCACAAAUCGAAGGCUUUACUUCUUACUCAGGUAAAACGGUGACACAACAUGCUAUCAAAUCACAUUCACUCAAAAAGAAUGGGGGAGAUCAACAAAACAGUAGUGAGGGCAUCGACGAAAUGACACAUUUGAGAAAACCUAGUCAAGAACGGAGCGCGUUCUUUGUGACAGAUAGCAACCAACAUACUUGAGAUUUCUAUUAUUUUGAAUUGUAUGCAUUGCAGAUUUACCACUUUUUUCAAAGUGGCUAAACAAUGCGUUUUUAGUAAUCCAUUCCAUGUGCUUGAACAACUCCUUCUUGCGUUGACAAUAGCUAGGAAGAGAGGUAUGAUCGAAAAGUUCGUGUAAACAUACUCCAGCAUAUGAUAUUGACUUCUCAGCCCCCCUGAAGGAGUUGGAUUUAUUUGCCAACAGCUCAGUCUUGCCUUAUGUGUUCAUCUGUGUUUAACAAUAUACAGUGCUUUAAACAACUUCUCUCCUGUUGAUACAUUGAUAAAAGGUGGUACUAAAAACCAAGUAUGUAUUUAUUUCUCUGUUAAGAUGAAUGAUCUGUUUUGUACAUCAUUUGUAUUGGAAUGACAUAUGUAAGUAAUAAGUGUUUUCAAUUUCUACAGCUGUUUUUGUUUUGCUUUAAUAUCUCUUAUUUAAACACAAAUAAUUUAAUAUUUCAUUUAA